UCAGAGUAAGGUGGUUUCGUACUCGGCGCACGCACUGAGUGGGAUGUAUAAAUACUUGUGGCGGAUGUGAUAUAGCUCGAGUGCUUCAUGAUUCUGUCUCCAAAGAAUCUUCCAAGAUGACAACAAGACGGGUUUGGUGUGGGAGCUCAUCAAGGUGAUGUGAGUAGAGGGGCACCCGUACUUCAGUGGGGGCUGUACACCCCUCCUACACGUGACAUUGAACCCCCCUGCUAUAUUAAGAUACCUUGUUGUUUAGUUCUUGCUCUUCACGCAUCAUCUUAAUCAUCAUUAUCUCCAGUGGGUGCAUCAACACCAAGACGUUAGGCUUCAUCACCAAGACGUUCGGCUUCAUCACCAAUAAUCCAGUGACUGUCUUACUAACUGCAUGCAUGCCUCUGCUACAAGAUUGCGACCGUCCCCCAUGACGCCUCACAUGUCCCUUCAGUCGCUCUGUGAGCUCUACCAGCAGCUCAACCUUAAUGACAUGGUGGACCAGCUGGACGUAGUGGUCUUAGGGGCACCUUCCGUGGGCAAGACGGCCCUCAUCGAACAGUACUGCAGGUGUCAUUUUAUACAGAAACACCGCCCGACCACCAGUGCCUGUGUCUACACAACAGCCGUUGUGGCCAACGACCAACUGGUAGAGAUGAACCUAAUUGAUAUACCGGUCAUACCGUUCUCCCCGCUGGACGACCGGGCUGGUGAGGCCGGCAACGGCCCGGGAAACACCCCCACUAAUGGUCCCUCCUGGGAGGACCUACAGUCCUACGCCAUGGCUAUUGGGACUGCAUCAGCACUGAUCUUCAUCUAUGAUAUCACAUCCCAGGAAAGUUUCCAGUACAUUAAGGAUCUGCGGGAACAGAUCCUAGACUGCUCUGAAGCCGAGGGUGGAUUUGAUAUACCUAUGAUUGUGGCGGGAAAUAAACAGGAUUUACAAAUGCUUUCUCACCUGCCGAGGAGGCAUAUAUCACAGAUAGUCAAGAAAACAUGGAAGUGCCCGUAUGUUGAAUGCUCCGCUAAGUACAACUGGCAUGUUGGAUCUCUAUUUAACGAGGCGAUUAGGGUAAUUACUAUGGGAACCGGUAACCGAGAAGGACAGACGAGGUCUCGUAGGAUACCGUUACGUGCCUGGAAACAAUGUUCGUGUUCAAUAAUGUGAUCUCCAGUAGUGGGAGAGAUUGGUAUAAACUUUUGUGGGGAACUUUCAUUUCAUUUUCAGUACUCCAGCGAUAAAGUAUAUUCAUUAAAAAAAAACGUGCUUCAAGAUAUUCCACAAGAACAAUAUGUAGAAUUCUAAAUGUUUUUUCGUGUUUCAAAGUCAGUAUAAUUUUCCAGUAGAUACAGCAAACCUAUUAAGUUAUUUGAAAUUAAUUGAAUAAGGCAUUCGGCAAGCCUGCUAUUAUAAUUUCUCAGUGAAUGCAUUUACACCGUGCGCUGCAUAUUAUUUUAAUUGUUUAAUAGUUUGGUUUUACCCGUUCCCCGUUAUGUGUUCUUAAAGCACUGUAUUUUAUACUCGUGGAUCUGUGAAAACAAAAAAUAACAAUAAUAGUACUCCCACUGCGCUGCAGUUGUUCAUUAUAAAUAAACCAGACUGCAGGUGACUUUUUCUGAAUUCGGUCAGCUAAAACUAAUUCUGGCCAGACUUUAUGAAAAUACUUUGGUUUUAAGUGGACGGAUCAAUCUCAGCUAAAUGUGAUUAUUUUUUUCUGAUCGUGGCACAACCUUUGCUAGUAUAUGUACUGCAAAAACCGGGGUGUUUAAGUUGACACAAUGGGUGAUGUCACACACAGGAGAGAGUCAUGGUGAAAUAACACCAAUGGAAGAGUGAUUUUGUUGGCAGAAAUAAGUGUUCUUUUAACACAUUAUGGAGUACAAAAUGUUUUUUUGAGAGGUAUCUAUAUAUGACAACAACCCAUGUUGUAAAUUUAACAGCCAAAUUUUUGCAGUGUAAGCACUUUAAGGUAAUGAAAGAGAGGCUCUGAGGUAAAAUUCAAUUUUGUGACGCAGUCAUUUUUCAAUAAACAGAUGCCUUAAGAAAAUGGAAACCAGUUGUAUUAAAUAACCCUUCCAGUGCGAACUUUGUACAAAAUAAACGAAAUGAAGCAAAGUGAAACCAUGCAAUGACGUCACAGUUCAAAUGAAUUUGCUGGGAUUUUCGAAGCAGCACUAAAGUCUUCAAGUGGACGAUCGUUUGAAUGAAGUUCUCGGGAGUUGUGUUUGCGUUAUACGUCAUACUGUCGGGAACCACACUGCCGCGAAAAACAUUCAAAAUCAUGUCAAUAGACAACAACCACUCUGUGAAUUGCCCGCCAUUUCGUCCAUGUAUGAAUGUAGAAAACCUAUACUUGGAUGGGAUUUUAUAAUAUUUGGUUUGCAGUAACACCAUGUGUGUAUCUACUUGCCAGGUAGACUAUGUUCCUUUCAGAACGUGUCUUGCUUUAUAAGUUCUACUACCGCUGGGUACUCUCUUAAUACAAAACAGUGAAAAACCACUAAUUUUGUCUGCCAUACCACUCCUUGCAUGGAGCCAUAUGGCGGACAACUCUGUUUAGAGUGAAGGACGGGUAAUUUCAACUCGGUUAAGAAUGAAAUUCGCAACUUCACUUAAAAAGAGUGACACAGAUUUACUUUCACUCUCAAAAGAAGUAAGCUAAACUUACACCACUCGGAAAAGAGAUUGGAAAUUUUACUCUUUUACAUUAUGAGAGUAUAGUUUCGGAAUUCAAAGACUUCUCAGUUUUUUACACUAUGGAUGUGAUGAAAGUGCCACCAUUGCUUGUUAAACGUGCCUUCGUUUUCUGAAAGACAAUGGACACAUUCGGUAAUUGUCAAAGACCAGUCUUCUCACUUCGUGUAUCUCAACAUAUGCACAAAAUAACAAACCUGUGAA